AUGAGCGGUCAGGAAAGCUCCGGCAAUAGUGCCGGAAGCUUCCUCGAGGACUCUUUCUGGGCUUCGGCUAAAGUGGGAGGCCUGACUGGAGCUGCGGGUAUCAUCUACGGAGGAGCUGCUGGUGUCAUCAGAUCUCGCCAUCCACUGGUGCAUUCACUGGCCCAUGGUAUUCACUGGACUGUAGCCGGUUCGGCCUUUUGGUUUUUACGAAGUAGUAUCGAUCAUAUUUAUUUCAAUGAUCAAGCCUCACCUCAAGAGCGGGCAUAUGUCAGUGCCCUCUCCGGUGGUAUUUCCGGUGCAGUGGUAACCAGGAUCAUGGGAGGCCGUCCACUGCCUGGUCUCAUCAUAUUCUCAUUACUUGGCUACUGCGGUCAAAGUGCCUUCAACAGAGUUGAUAGAUGGCAGAUGGAAAAGGCCCAGAACCCGGGAAAGCCGAUUCUCCAGCGGAUGGCUGAAUCCAAAUGGAUUCCGCUUCGGCAUCUGUCAGACGAGGACUACCGGGACAUUCUAGGCGAGAAGCUACUGAGCAUUGAGGCUGAAAUUGCUCUCUUGGACGAGAAGAUCCAGGAGCUAGAGAAGACCCGGCCCGCGCCGAAGACUUCUGACCCCGACACCCCUGUCAAAUAA